AUGCAGUUACGACGGGGGCGACGCACUAGCACUGGCGGAAGCCGUCAACUGCUCCGGAGGCUGGUUCGAGGCUCGAACGCAGCGCUGGACGGGAACUCCGCGACGAGGCUGUUCACGGUCGUCGACGCUUCUCUGCACGUGCGCGGCGUCAACAUCAGCCACGGCGCUAGCAUCUCCGGCGGUGCGAUCGCCGCGGGAGGAGGGUCCACCCUGACGUUCAACAAAACAAACUUCAUCGGGAACGUCGCUUCGGGUAACGGUGGGGCCGUGUACGUGUCGGAUGGAUCUUUCGUGUCGUGCGCUGACGGGACCACCUUCGUCGAGAACGAGGCGGGAACCGACGGCGGCGCCAUGUUCGUAACCGACGGCUCGGCGGUCUCGUGCGGUGGCUGGUGGCUUGGCAACACGGCAGCCGCUCGAGGGGGCGCGGUGCGGCUUCAGCACGGGUCAAGCGCGUCGUGGAGCGAGGACACCAUGUUCGCCUACAACACGGCCGGAGGGUUAGGUGGCGCCUUGAGCCUGGUGAACUUCUCCAGCGUAUCCUGGGACGCCGCGACCGGUUUCCACUACAACAGCGCUGAGUUCAUCGGCGGCGGUGUGUCUGCCAGCACAAACUGCAGCUUGUCAUGGAACGCGCCGACGGUUUUCUACUUCAACAGUGCCGGGCUCUUCGGCGGUGCCGUGUACGUUCAGGACUACUCGAAUGCUUCGUGGAGUGGGGAGAGCAUCGUGUUUGAUGGAAACCAAGCAGGGUCGGAGGGAGGGGCCGUGAUGAUAUCCGCGAAUACCCAUGUCUCCUGUUCUGGAGAGACGAUCAGCACGUUUACCGGGAACUCGGCUCCGCUCGGGGGCGCUUUGGUUGUGGACGCGGGGUCCGUCGCGUCCUUUGGCGGCACCUCCUUGUUUGAAGGCAACGACGCUCUCGGCGACCCAGAAGCAAAUGCCACCGGCUGGGGCGGUGCUGCCCUCGUGCGUGCGGCGACUGUCACGUGGGGUGGGGCGGUAACUUUCGUCGCAAACACGGCUGAGUUCGGAGGCGCCAUGUUUGUUGCGGACUCUAGGAUAUCGUGGAGUGAGGAGGCUACGCUAGCGCGCAACAAUGCAACCGAGUCCGGCGGCGCUAUCUACGCUUCAUCGUCUGACGUGUCGUGGAGCGGCGUGAAAAACACCGUGUUCGACGGAAACCAGGCUGCAUAUUCAGGAGGGGGCAUGGCGACCCUCAUGAGCACUACUGUGUCCUGCACUGGGGAAACGACCAGCACGUUUUCCGGCAAUUCGGCUGCCUUCGGUGGUGGUUUGGCCGUUAUCGACGGGUCCAUCCUGUCCUUCGGGGGACACUCUUACUUUAUGGACAACGCCGCUGUUCACAACUUCACGAACAACUCCACGACAGGACACGGUGGUGCCAUGUACGUGAGUGGUGCCACCGUCUCGUGGAUUGGGGAGACAGAGUUUUCCAACAAUUCGGCCUUGACAUAUGGUGGUGCCAUGUUUGUGAUUGAUUCCACCGCCUCGUGGAUUGGGGAGACAGGGUUUUUCAACAAUUCGGCCUCCAAAUAUGGUGGUGCCAUGUAUGUGGUUGAUUCCACGGCCUCGUGGAUUGGGGAGACAGGGUUUUUCAGCAAUUCGGCCGUGGCUUUUGGGAACGCGACCGCGGCACUUGGGGGCGCCAUCACCGUAGGCAACUCGACGGCUUCGUGGGAUGGAAACACGACGCUAUCGUACAACCGAGUCGAACAAGUUGACGAAAGCGACCCAAGCAGCGGCGGCGCUUUGUAUUUGUUUUCUGGCUCCAAUGCGACUUGGGGUGGAGGAACGACCUUGUUUGAGGGCAACGUCGCGGCCUUCGGUAGUGCAGUUCGAAUGGCGUCUUCCAGCAGCGCGUCGUGGAGGGGACUGACAAAAUUCGUCGGGAAUUCCGCGGUCACUUGGGGCACGCUCUUCUUGGACGAGGUGGAUGUGUCUUUGGCCGGGGAGACGGAGUUCUCCGGCAACACGGCUCAAAGCGGAGGGGUCAUGUUCAUUCGCAACGCGUCUACCGCGAGCUGGACCGGCGUUACCAAUUUCACAUCGAAUCAAGCGUUCUUCGACGGUGGUGCAAUUGUGUCCCCUCAACUGGACUCCGAAUACAACCCGAGUGAGUCCACCCUAAACUUCAACGGAACCACGACCUUCUUCAACAAUAGGUGCGGAGGGAACGGGGGCGGCAUGGCUCUGUACGGAGGGUGCGCUUUGGUCAUCGACACGGAAAUGGGUAUCAGCUUCAUCGAGAACACAGCCGCUGUCUCGGGAGGAGCCGUAUUUGUAUCCUCCGCUGGUACCGGUCUCGCCUUCCCCACCACCAGUUUUGUGUCCAACUCGGCUCAGAUUGGGGGUGCUGUGGCCACGUUUGGUUCCGGAGGCUCGAAAGGCGUCGAAGAUAUCGAGCCCCCGAACCCGACAACAUUCGACCGGUGUCGGUUCGUCGGCAACCGGGCAACGGCAACGGGCGGGGCUAUUGAUACCGCGGCUGGGUAUGAUUUUUUCGUCGACACCACGUUUGAAGACAACGCGGCAGGGACAGGGGGGGCUUUGAGGCUGGCGGGCACGGCUUCCAUAAUAAAUUGCUCGUUUGUGGAGAACUACUCCAAUGACGGAGGAGGGGCAGCCGUGUCCAACAUCGGCAUCGUUUCGAGCGCGGAAAAAAUCAAUUUCAGCGGGAACGGCUUUGACUGCCCCACGGGCAUGUUCUUGGCCUACAACGAAUCGGACGAUCUUUUUGAGACCGUUUGCGACGGAUGUCAGACUACGUGCGAUGGGUGUGCCUUCGCUGAGCCGCUCCUGGUGCCCAUGUGUAGGGACCUUCUAGAACAUUCGACGAGCCCCGAUGGAAAACUCACCCUUGAAGCGCUGUCAAUACAGCGGGGGUAUUGGCGAGCCACCACGACCAGCGAAGAAGUUCUUGCGUGCUACCAUCCCGAAGCCUGUCUUGGAGGGGUGACGGGCACAGCUGGCUACUGCCUUGAGGGCUACCAAGGGCCAUAUUGCGCCGUUUGCAGCCAUGGGUUCUCGGCACAAUUUGGAUUCACCUGCCGUGAGUGCUCUGACAGCGCCGGUGGUAUAGUCCUCGCGGUUGCUCUUGCUGUGGCGGGCAUUUUUGCGGCCGUUGUCGUCGUGUCGUACGUGACUUCGGGAAAGAGGAACGGAAGGGGACAAGGGAUUGUCGAGCGCGUGGCGCUUUAUAUCCCGCUUCAAUCUGUGAAGAUCGUCGUCGUGGCCUGGCAGGUCGUGACACAGUUCACUGUCGUGGCAAACAUCACCUACCCGGACGUGUACCAAACCUUCCUGGAUGGCUUGAAAUUGUUCAACUUCGACCUCGGCUGGAUUCUCUCUGCCGGUUGUGUGACGGACGUCGAUUUCCACGACCGACUGCUGAUGUCCACCAUUGGCCCCAUCAUUGCGGUGAUGGUUCUGGCUUGCACUUACGCCGCCGCCACCCGCAUCCACCGCGGAGCCACCGACACCACCCUGCAAAACGUCUGGGACAAGCACGUGCUCGUGGUGCUGCUGCUGUCGUUUUUCGUGUACUCUAGCGUCAGUAGCACGUUGUUCAGGACGUUCGCGUGCGAGACCCUGGGAGACGGCAAGAACUACCUGCGUGCGGACUACCGCAUCGAGUGCGACUCCUCCAGGCACAAGGGGUUCGAGGUGUACGCAGGCAUCAUGAUGCUGGUGUAUACGGUAGGCAUCCCUGGUCUGUACGGCUUCCUCCUCUACAGAGACCGCGACUUUCUCAAGGAGAGAGACACCUGUCAAGAGCCCCCUCCUUCUCGCGUCACUUCCACCUCCGACCUGUGGAAGCCAUACAGGCCGUCCGUGUUCUACUACGAAGUGAUCGAGUGCGGGCGGCGUGUUUUGCUGGCCGGCGUGGUCGUUUUCAUCUACCCGAACUCCGGCGCUCAGAUCGCGAUAACGCUGGUGAUCGCGUUCGUCUUCGUUCUGAUUUCAGAGAGCCUGUCCCCGUACGCGUCGAGGUGGGACACCUGGAUCAGUCGCACGGGACACGUGGUCGUCGUUACUUCGAUGUACGUCGCACUUCUGCUCAAGUAA